GGACAGUGCGCGGAGCCGGCCGCCGGGCGGAGGAUCGCGCGGACGCGGCACCUGCAGGCCGGGGCGUCGGGCUGCCGCAGCGCCGGGACCGCCCCGACUCCGGGCUGCUGCUGAGAUGAGUGCAGUGUCACAGCCCCAGGCAGCUCACAGCCCCCUGGAGAAGCCGCCCAGCACAGCAAUCCUGUGCCACACGUGUGGAAAUGUGUGCAAGGGGGAAGUGCUGCGGGUGCAGAACAAGUACUUCCACAUCAAGUGCUUCGUGUGCAAAGCAUGUGGCUGUGACCUGGCGGAGGGAGGCUUCUUCGUGCGGCAGGGCGAGUACAUCUGCACGCUGGACUACCAGCGGCUCUACGGUACCCGCUGCUUCAGCUGCGACCAGUUCAUCGAGGGCGAGGUGGUGUCGGCGCUGGGCAAGACCUACCACCCCGACUGCUUCGUGUGCGCUGUCUGCAGGCUGCCCUUUCCCCCUGGGGACCGAGUGACCUUCAACGGGAAGGAGUGUGUGUGCCAGAAGUGCUCUCUACCCACGUCGGUGGGCAACAGCGUACACCUGUCCCAGGGUCUCCGGAGUUGUGGGGGCUGCGGCACAGAAAUAAAAAACGGCCAGGCCCUGGUGGCUUUAGACAAGCACUGGCAUUUGGGCUGUUUUAAGUGCAAGACUUGUGGGAAGCUCCUAAAUGCCGAGUACAUCAGCAAGGACGGGCUGCCCUACUGCGAGGCUGACUACCACACCAAGUUCGGCAUCCGCUGUGACGGCUGUGAGAAGUACAUCACGGGGCGUGUGCUGGAGGCAGGGGAGAAGCACUAUCACCCUUCGUGCGCACUAUGUGUCAGGUGCGGCCAGAUGUUUGCAGAAGGCGAGGAGAUGUAUCUUCAAGGCUCCUCCAUCUGGCACCCGGCGUGUCGACAGGCAGCCAGGACUGAAGACAAAAACAAGAUGCAGAACCCAGUGUGCAAUCAGGUUUGCCCGGGCGCCACCCCCUAUGCCUUCCAGGAGACCAGAACUUCCUCAGAGAGCAUCAUUUCUGUACCUGCUUCCAGCACCUCGGGGUCUCCAAGCCGCGUGAUUUACGCAAAGCUUGGCGAUGAGAUCCUGGACUACAGGGACCUGGCUGCUCUUCCCAAAAACAAGGCGAUCUAUAACAUCGACCGCCCCGACAUGAUCUCCUACUCGCCCUACGUCAGCCACUCUGCAGGGGACAGGCAGAGCUACGGGGAGGGGGAUCAGGAUGACCGGCUCUACAAGCAGUGCCGGACCUCCAGCCCAAGUUCCACUGGGUCGGUCAGCCUCGGGCGCUACACCCCGACCUCGCGGUCGCCCCAGCACUACAGCCGUCCAGCUGGUACUGUGAGUGUUGGUACCAGUAGCUGCCUCUCCCUGUCCCAACACCCAAGCCCUACCUCCGUGUUCAGACAUCAUUACAUCCCCUACUUCCGAGGCAGUGAAAGCGGCCGCAGCACCCCCAGCCUCUCCGUGCUCUCGGACAGCAAGCCUCCUUCCUCCACCUACCAGCAGGCUCCGCGGCACUUCCACGUCCCAGACACUGGCGUAAAAGAUAACAUCUAUAGGAAACCCCCCAUCUACAAACAGCAUGGUCCUGUAGUCCAAUCCCCAGUUUCCAAGCUCUCUGGCCUGGUAUCAGUCUUAUCGUUGGUGGUGCAGGAGGCAGGGUGCUCCAAAAGACUGACCGGUCCAAGCCCUCGGCAGGCGGCAGCCGCAAGGCGAUCAGAUGGGGAAGAUGGAAGUUUCGACCAGGAUAAUAGGAAGCAGAAGACCAGCUGGCUGAUUCUUAAGGGGGACACAGACACCAGGACUAACUCUCCAGACCUAGACAGCCAGUCUCUGUCCCUCAGUAGCGGGACCGAUAGAGACCCUCUUCAAAGAAUGCAAGGGGACAACUUUUAUUCACGAUUCCCCUAUUCCAAAUCUGACUCUCUCCCAGGACACGGAAAGAAUGGCUUGGACCACCGGAAUGCCAAUCUGGCCCCUUGUGGAGCAGACCCGGAUGCCAGCUGGGGGACACGAGAGUACAAGGUAAGAGGGCCGCCCGCGCCCAGGCUGACCUCUCCGCGCCGCGCUGUGCCUGCCCAGGUUAAAAGUUCUCUUUGUUGUGCUCCCCAUGAGGGGUGUGUGUCAGAUUCAGACCAAGUCUAUCCUUAUGAUGCCCUCAUCGUAACAAACCGAAUUCGCGUGAAACUGCCCAAAGACGUGGACCGGACGAGGCUGGAGAGACACUUGUCGCCUGAGGAGUUCCAGGAAGUGUUUGGGAUGAGCAUCGAGGAGUUUGACCGCCUGGCCCUCUGGAAGAGGAACGACCUCAAGAAGAAAGCCCUGCUGUUUUGACGGCCGCCAAUGUGCCUCGCUGUGUGUGUGUUGGGAGCAGGGAUGAGAGAACCCUGGUGUGAACCACGCAAAACCCUUCCUACUGCACCUUGCUCUGGCUUCUCUGUGUCCAUGGGGCAGGUGGUGGGCACCUGGGGGAGGCUGGGCCGGGGGCUUCAGGGCGAGAGGAGGUCCCCCAGCAGGUGCAGCCCCUGUUUCUGCCAGUGACGCUCCUGCCCGUAGUUUAGGGCCAAGACAACCAGCUUUGCACCAACCCUUCCCACUGUGGCCUGGCUGCAGAGUAGCUGUCACAGGAGAUCAGGCAGAACAUCCAUAGAGCUGCAGCCCACCAUGCUAGGCAUCCGGGGUGCAGAGGUGGCCAGGACGUGAGCCAUGAGGAGGCUUGUCAAUGACAGACACUGACACUGUCAUGGGUGAGUGGGCAUGAGGCUCCUCAGAGGCAGGACGGGCACGGCCUGGCAGGCAGACUCACAGGCUAGGGCAGGAGAGGGCUGCCAAGCAUCUGGGGGCAGUGCCAAGCGUGGGGUGCACGAUUUUUGCAGCCAUCUGUGACGGGUCUCUUUUUAGGGACAGCAUCCACCUGGCAGGACACCUUCCACCCAUGCCCCUCCGCACACUGCAUUCUUCCAAAUCAUCCCCUAGAUGCCACAUGAUAUCUUUAAAAUAACACAGAAGUUUUUAUUUUAUUAAAAAGUAUAGUCUACUUAAACAUAGGAUGACAUAUAUAAAGAGUUCAAUUCUGCGGUCCCUCUGUAGAGGUGCACCUCCAGCCUUAUUCUCCACCCACCGUUCAGAUCUAUGUGGUUUUGGUUCUUGGUGUGUUCUUAAUACAUAGGACCCCUUGUCUGUUUUCUUUUUUCUUUUUUCCAUUUUUGUGUGUCAUGCAGAUAACCCUAAGGACAGACCCCUGUAACUAAUGCUGUUUAUAAAUACACGUGAGGUAUAGCCACCA